AUGCUCACCACCUCCAGCUGGCCCACUAUCACGCAACAACUCCUGCGCUAUGUCUCGGACCGCACCGGUAUCAUCUCUUGGGCCAACUUCCCGCUCAUCUGGCUCUUCGGCAUGCGCAACAACAUCCUCCUGUGGCUGACUGGCUGGGACUUUGGCACUUACAACAACUUCCAUCGCUGGGUCGCCCGCAUCGCUACUGUCCAGGCCAUUGUCCACUCCAUUGGCUACACUGCUCUCGUCUGGAAAGACGGCGGCUUCGCCAGCUUCCUGAACUGGUGGGCUCGCUUCUUCUGGUGGACAGGCGGCGUCGCCACUAUUUUUAUGUCACUGCUCCUGGGUCUCUCGCUCUACUGGCUACGUCGCCAUGCCUACGAGGUAUUUUUGCUAGUCCAUAUUGGCUUUUCCAUCCUCAUCCUUUUUGGCAUGCUGGCCCACGUGUCCAUCUUCCGUGGCGAGUACGACGUUUACUUUUGGGCGUGCCUCAUCGUGUGGGUAGUUGAUCGCGCCAUGCGUGUCCUGCGUAUCGUCGCUUUCAACCCGCUUUUCUGGAAGACGCGUGCCCAAGCCACCUACGAUCCGCAGUCCAACAUUGUACGUGUCGUCGUGCCGUACAAUGCGAGCCUCUACCAGCCGCAGCCAGGUACCUUCUACUACCUGAAUGUGCUUAACGACAAGCGCUUCUGGGAGAGUCAUCCGUUUACCGUGGCCACUGUGGCCUCGCUCGAGAAGAAAAGGGGCCCGAUUCCGAACGUGGAUACCGAUGUCGAUGCAAAUGCUUCCUCGUCGAUCAGCCCCAAAAAGCGCCGCUUACCGCCGCAGUUGGUCGAGCUCGAAAACCAGUCCAACGCACAAAGUGACACUGAUGAUGUCAAUCUCGGCGUGGAUACUGACGCAGACACACCAACAUCUGUCGAGCAUGAUACGUCCGAAAACAGCCGCCUCCUGUCGAACACCAACUACGGCAGCACCUGCUGUCACAAUCCAUAUCAGCUAUCGUCCCCCACUUUCCAGUCCACUGUGUCCUCGGCCGUCUCUCCACCAGCCCAUGCCGCCUCGUCCAUGACCUUCCUCAUUCGCCCCUAUGACAGCUUCACGGGUCGGCUACGGGACAAAGCCGCCGCCGCGGCCAACCCGGCCUACUCUUCUACGGACUGCUCAACCGGCUCCGUACCCCUCCGGCCGGCCCCGGCCAAUCUUCGAGUUCUCGUCGACGGGCCGUACGGCCACGCCCAGCGUUUCGAUGACGAGUACGACUCAGUCCUCUUUGUCGUCGGCGGCAGCGGCAUUGUUGUGGCCUUGUCGCAUUUGACGGGCCUUGGUCAUGAUUACACGCUAUCCAAGGCGACGGCUGCGGGCCGCCGUCUCAAGCAUAUUCGUAUCAUCUGGGCCGUCCGUGAAGCAGCGUUUGCGGCCGAAGUGCUGCAGAAAGACCUUGGUGACAUAUUUGGUCACGACAGAGACAAUUCCACGAGUGGCAUGGGCGGGACGCGCGUUACCAUGGACAUUCAUGUUACCCAGUCCAAACCUAGCGGUAGUGGCCCUGUUGGACAUGCGAGCGAAGAAAACGACGAAGACGAGACCGUCAAUGGCAGCGUCCGCGCCAGCCACGACCGCCCAAAGAAUGGUGUCGACCGGCCACAACUGCCGCUGGGCGACACCAUCCUUGGUGAGCCCUUGCCUCACAACGUGCGCGUCCUCUAUGGCCGACCCGACGUGCAAAGUGAGGUGGAGGUGGCUGCCCGCCGUGGCCGCAACCGGGUGGGCAGCGCGGACCGCAAGCUUGCCGUGGUGGCCUGCGGGCCCGGGCGUAUGGCCGACGAGGCGCGCAAGUCUGUAGUGGACGUGCUGGGCCGGCGUGACGCCGGCAAUAUUGACUACCUGGAAGAGAGUUUUCAAUGGUAG